AUGUACUUUGAAGGUGGCUUAUCUUCUGUCUAUCUUUGGGAUUUGGAUGGUUCUGCUAACUUUGCAGGCGUUAUUCUCAUCAAGAAGGAGGUAGACGACGGCUGCUGGGAUAGCGUACACGUUGUUCAAGUCAGUACACACGGUAGAGAAUCCAAUUACAAGUUGACUACGAGUGUUAUAUUGUCUUUAAGCGAUGCUGAUUCUAAUCUUAGCGGCAGUCUCACCAGACAAUGCGAAAUUAACUCCUCGAUCCCUUCAAGCUCAUCGCAUAUCGCAAACAUCGGCAAACUCGUUGAAGAGCAUGAGAGGGGUAUUAGAAAUAGCUUGGCUGAGGUUUACUUGGGUAAAACAAAAGAUAUUCUUAACCUUUUGCGUAUCUUUAAUGGCAGAGGUGAGGAGAGUAGGAAGUUAUCCCUACAACACGAGUUAUUAGGCAGGUUGAAGAAUAAAUCUACUUGA